AAGUACUUAUCCUUGAACUUAUCACAUUAUUGCUUAUUUAUACUUAUUACUUCCAUGGAGCUUCCAUUUAUCAUUGAUUCACAGAACAUUACCACUCCUCUCAACUCAACACAGAUCUUGCCUCUCAAGGAGUUUAUGGUGCAUAAAGUGUGAUUUUAAAAUAAGAAGUUUUUUUCUGUCAGAAAAGAUGACAAAUCUCAAUUUGUAAACAUUUGUUGGGUUUAAAAUCCAAUAAAAUUAGAAAUGAAGUAGAAAAUCAGACAAAAACUGUAUAAAACCAUACAAAAUAUGCCUAAGUAAACCAAUUCAAUAAGUAUUUUUAUAGAUACCAAGUUCCAAAAACCUAAACUAUCGAAAUGGCUUGCAUAUUCUCCAUAAUCAAAACCAGUAUAAUAUUUGGAACUGGAGUAUACACUGGGAUAUAUGUAACUCAAAAUUAUAAAGUCAAAAGAGUAAAUAAUCCUGCCACAGUACUCUCUAAAAUUAAAUCUUGUAUUAUGAAGAUGCUAAAUAAAAAUUCAAACAAAGAAGCAGCAAAGGAACCAGAAAAGAGUGUAGAUAAUAAAGACAAGACUCAUCCUCUGGGAGAUGCUGACCAACCCACUAAGAAACCCGUAGCCACCUAUGCUGUCACAGCAGUACCAAAAUUUAGGUCAAAAGUAACAUCUGUAGCACACUGUGACAACAUUAUGGCUGAAUCAAAACUGAAUGAUAAAACAGGAUGCAUAGUUAAGCAAAUCAAAUCAGUAAAAAACAACAUGUUUAACUAAUAUUGUUCUGUAUAUAAUAUUUAUUUAUUUGGUUAAAGUAAUAAAUACAAAUGACACAUA